UACAAGACGAAAUAUAGUAAAAGAAAUAUAUAUUCAAGAGAUGUAGAGAUUUCAGAUGUAGCUUUCGUUUAGCAAGGAUUGAAACCAAGGUAUAAUUACCGACUGGUAAAGCCAGAAAAUCAAGGGGGCGUGAUCGAUCGAAGGGUGGUGCGCAGUUCACAAAUAAUAGCUCACACUUGCUAGAGGGGCGUGUCAUUACAUAAUACCGACAAAAUGGCUUAAUCAAUAUAACAUGUUGCACAAAAAAACUAGCGGUAUAAAUGCAUCCAUCCUUCUUGCGCGUAUACAUUUGACUAUAGGGAUUAUGGUCCACAAAUACGGGUCUUAUUUCAACACGAACGACUAUCAGGAAGUCUAAUAGUAAAUAUUUUAAUAAUUUAAGAUAUUUUUCAUAAUUUUUAGGAAAAUUGCCUAAUCGUAUUAUUUGCAUUUUUUAAAUCUCUAUGAAAUUACGGAAGUGUAGUUAUCGAUUUGAUCUAUUAUACUCGUCCCAUCUACCUAACAUCAACUUUCUAUUGUAUCGUUUUCUAUCGGUAGCUCAUCCCUCGCCCUCGCACCUAUACUUAUCCGCCUGUACUCAUACCUACAUCGUGGAAAAAGCAGUAACGACGCCACUAGCGUGUAGCUGGUAAAUAGCGUUGGCUGCCGGAAGGCAGAUGUUAACGUCGUCGUCAGCUAACCUAAUCCCGUAUUGUCGAUUGGUCGGCGCGCCGCGACUGGCGAACUGGUGUCGAAUCAGCGUCGCCGAUUCGCCUGGCGCCGCCCAUCACCCCUUUGCGCGCUCACCCCUACAACCGCGCGUCGCCGUGGGUGGAGUCGACCAAUGACACAGUGGUAACGGCCGUCUGACAACGUGGCCUCCGGGAGCCGCCCCCGUAGUUGCCGAUGGCUAACUAGCGCUACCCCGCUAUAGUCGAGUCAGCCACUCGGCCAGCAAGUCCCCGGGCCGAGUCUAGUCGCUAGCUCGCUGGAAUUCUCCACCCUAUCUCCCCUUCUGCUUCCGCCACCCCCUUGCCUUCGGCCUGGCCCCCCUCCCUCACCGAACGUGUAGGCCAACGUGCCAACUAGGGUGGCGGUGGCGACAACGGCGGUGGCGGUGGUAGAGGUGAAGAAGAGGUGUUACGCCGUGGAUUCGCGUGACGUAACCCCGGUAUACGCCAUCGCCGUGGCCUCCUCGCUGCGACUCGCGGUCGUUUAGGGAUUGGCGUCGGUGUGUUGGUUCGCGCUCGGCAACCAUCCAGCACCCACCCUCUCUUCAGCGUCCCGUUCAACCGCCCCACGCGCGCGUACCUACCACCGGACCGUGUCGACUGUAUAUCGGGGAACGACCCAUGAUUCUCCGUGAUGUGGCUACGGACAGGAGAGAUAGCUGCUCCGGCAGCCAGUCGGGCAACAACCCCUAUAUGCGCAUACACGGACGAAUAGACACACUCAUACACGCGCGCAGAUACAUGUACACAUAGAUACAGGGGCACGAGUACGCCCUUUCCGACAAGAGCGAGAGAGAGAGAGAGAGAGAGAGAGACAUGAGUAGGUACGUCGAGGCUCGAAGCCAUCCCGUCACGGAGAAUGCUUCGGGACUUCGCGCGACCUCCUCGGCGCCGCGUCGGGACCACGGCCUCGGCUAUACGUCGUUCUCUGGCGAUGUUCGACUUUUGAACAGCUGCGGAGGAGAUGGGCACAGAGUUUAGCCUAGUGCGAUGAGCCUUUGUUACGACGGAAAAACAGGGGUGCGCGAACGUGAAAGUGACUUGACGUGGCGGUUCUUCCACGAUUUGCGUGCUAAUUCGAGAUUUAAUCACGUCGUGAAAAACUAUACCACGAUCAACAAGCAUCUUGACGGAGACAGAUUACUCGACAUACUGUGUGAUGUAUGCGGUGACCGUAGUUCUGGAAAACACUACGGCAUCUACAGCUGCGACGGUUGUUCGGGGUUUUUCAAGAGAAGUAUACAUAGCAAUCGGGAAUAUAUCUGCAAAGCCCAAGGUGCCAAAAAAGGACGCUGUCCAAUCGACAAGACCCAUAGGAAUCAAUGUCGUGCUUGCCGCCUUGCUAAAUGUUUCGAAGCUAACAUGAACAAGGACGCAGUACAACAUGAGCGCGGACCGAGGAAACCGAAACCACACGCGAUUAUCUCAUCGGAGAAGCAGCAUCAGCAACAGUCGUCGAUUGUCACGCAGUUGUCUCCUCAUUCUACGACUCCGGUACACAAUGAUCGAUUAAGACCAGCACUCGCUCCUCCGUAUGUCCUCUCACCGCAAAGAAGGUUAAGGUGCGACCAAAGAUUCACGCCUUAUCCACGACCGAUGGCGCUGGUACAGAAACCGCCGGAGGAAUCACCAUCCCCCGUACCGUUGAUUCUACCGCACCCUCGCACGACCACGACCCUCUAUCAGGCGGCCACGACCGUCUCCCUAGCGCCGCAGCCUCCCCUCCUGCAGAUAUUAAUGUCCGCCGAGGAAUGUCAGGAAUUGGUUUGGAACGCGCGACUGCAACCCACGGCGGAAUACCCGAUAGAGCAGAUGGAGACGGAGACGAGUCGAAGUCCGACGGGCACCGUACAGAGCUUCAGUCCGACCUGGGAGAUGCUGCAGGAGACGACGGCCCGGCUGUUAUUCAUGGCUGUCAGAUGGGUACGUUGCCUGCCGCCUUUCCAAACGAUAUCGAAGGACGACCAAUUGUUGCUGCUGGAACGAUCCUGGACACAGCUGUUCCUCCUGCACUUGGCGCAAUGGUCCAUCUCUUGGGAUAUCACCGCGCUCCUCGAGGACGAGCAAGUGCGCAGCCGAUUACCCACGGACGACAACCCGACGAACCAGGAGCUUGUCCUUAUUCAGGCUAUAAUAUGCCGAUUCAGGCAACUUUCCCCCGAUUUUGGCGAAUGCGGCUGCAUGAAGGCAGUGGCUUUGUUUACGCCAGAGACAGUGGGUCUACAUGCGGUCCAGCCCAUUGAGAUACUACAGGAUCAGGCACAACGUAUUUUAGUGGAUUACACGAGGUCGCGAUAUCCGCAACAACCCGGUAGAAUCGGGAGGUUGAUGAUUCUAGUCGGAUAUCUAAGGUGCGUCUCCUCCAAGACCGUCGAACGUUUGUUCUUUCACGAAACCAUCGGGGAAAUACCAAUCUCGCGCUUGCUAGUCGACAUGUACCAAAUGGAGAAGUAUAUCAACUGAAAGACAUUUUGCAUAUCGUAUGCGCUAUACACGUCGUAAAAUGUAUCAGGACCACAGCGAGCUCGCAACUUUCUAAAACUCUCCCAAUUCUUUUAAGUGUAGAAAGAUUAGAAUAAGAAAAAAGUUUUUAAAAUCUAUAGUGGCUUCCAUGAGUUUCCUUUCUCUGCUCUUGCGAUUAUGUAGUAUAGCGUUGAUAUCUGAUGUGAAAAAUUUCAGUCGGGUGUUUACUGUUUUAUCAAUACUACCAUAAAAUGAGAUUUUUACAAUUGCUAUUAAAGAAAUCGUUCUUCUGUCGGUUGUUUUUAUAGUAAUCUGAUUAAGAAGUAUUUGAUUUUUUUAUUAAUUGUACUUGUUAUUUAAACUGUUUAAUUUUUUUUCCAUUUUUGAUAAAAUAUUUCGAAUAAAAUUGUGCAUUUUUUAUAAAAACAAAUUUGUACUUAAUUGAUUUUUUAUUAAUACUUUUUUCAUUGUUAUUUUAUAUUGUAAUUUUAUAUCCAACUAAAAAUACGAUGCCCAAACAAUAUAGUUAACAAAACAUGAAAAAUUAUUAAUACGUGGGUUUCUGACAUUGAGUAUUCUAUUUAUAAAAACCCUUGUACUAUUAUCUACUAUUUAUGCUAUUGCAUCUGUAAGUAAAUCAAAAGUUUACGUUAUUACUUAUAUAUAUCAAACAGUUCAUUUUCUGCAAAGUCCAAAUAAAAAAAAUAACAAAAUAAAAUGAGUAUGUACACGGAGCAUUACUUAUAUUCCUAAUGAUUAGAAAAUGUAGAAGGAAGUAACGGAAUUGUUCUUUCACAGAAAAAAUUGUAUUCUUAAGAAUUUUCCUCUUAUUUUUAAUAGUUAUUAAUAGUUUCUUUUAAAAUAGAACAUUAAAAUGAUUUUUUUAACUUAGAUAAAAAUUCAUGGAUUUCUAAAAUUUAACAGAUAGAAUAAUAGCAGAUGUUCUUAAUUUUUAUAAGGUAUAUAAGUCACAUGAGAUUAUUUAGUAUUUAUAGCAUUUUUAGCAUUUAUAUUUAUAUGGAAAGAAUAUUUUUUUAAUUUUAAAGAAUAAUCUAAACAAUAUAUUCUCAUCUAUUAAGAAUAUGUAUUAAGAGGACUUGUAAAAGUCCUUUUAUUUCGAGAAUACAAUUUUUUCAGUUUUAUUACAUAUUCGAACUUCGGAUCAAUACAGGUUACAAAAAUCUUACAAUUAAUAAAAUUGAAAAUUUAUCUGCUGUAUUGUUUGAACAUUUGUUUAUAACAAAGUGUUUUGCUGCAUUUUUUGUAAAGUCGUAUAAUCUCUAUUAUUCCAUAUUAUUUAUAAUAUAAUAACUAUUGUCUAAUCAUGCAUCUUUAGAAUUGCAUAUACUUAUUAAACGAAAUACACAAUUAUAAUAAAUGUAAAACCAUUUUGAAAAUUGUACUUGAGAAAAUAAUCUCGAGACUCUAUAAUGUAUCAUAUGUUCUCUCUGUGAUCCCUCUUGAGUAAAAAAUUAUUGUAUGAAUUCGAUUUGUUAAGUAAUAAUGCUGCGUGAAAUAAAUAAUAUAUAUGUACUGCAUUAGCGUAAAACUAAGUUAUACGAUAAAAAUAAUGUGGGUAAUGGAAGUAUUGCAAUAUAAUUAUGACAAUUAUUAUUAAAAAAUAUGAUAUAAUAAUGUAAAAAGUGUGGUAUAAUAUAAUGGUGCUCUAAUUUUUUUUUAUAUCAUUGCUUUAGCAAAAAUAAUGUUUAUUCAUGAGAUUUGUUUGUGCAGUACAGAAUUCUUAUCACGAAUGACAACAAACUCGGAUAAAGAAAAUGUAUUAUAAAAUGAAGUUGUACUUUAUAAUAUAAUUGUUAUAUUCUCAUCAUUUUUUUGUUAAAAGAAUUAUUAAAUUUGUUAUACACUUACAUGAAAGAUACGUUAUAGUACGCAGGAUAAGGUCUAUUCUGUAUUAUAUAGAAAUGUCUCAUACAAAUACACGUCUGUAAUAUUUAAUUCUAAUGUAUUAAACUUCGUCGAUAUGAAUUCAAAAAA